CAUAAAGUCUCUGUAGGAAAUCGUUAACCUAGAGGAAAUCGUCAAAAAUUCUUAAUACCUAUCAUUCUCUGCUAUUCGCAACCAGUCAGCCAGUAUACGCGCGAGUCAGUAACACCCUAUAAACAUGGCCCCUCUAAAAAUUCUCGUCUGCGGCGGUGGCAUUGCGGGGCCAGCUCUUGCAUUCUGGCUUAGCCGUAGAGGUCACCACGUGGAAGUCGUCGAGCGCUUCCCGGCUCUUAGGGCGACAGGGGCUCAGAUUGAUCUCCGCGCUCAGGGCAUCGAGGUGGCGAAGCGCAUGGGGCUUCUAGAAGCAAUACGCAAUAUACGUGUUGAUGAAGCCGGUGUAUCCUUUGUAGACUCACAGGGGAGGGUGAAAGGGACAAUUAUGGCCAAUACGUCCGGCAAAGGUGCGCAGUCUCUGACGUCCGAAUAUGAGCUGAUGCGCGGAGAUGUCGUACGCUUACUCUACAAUACAACAAAGGACAACGUAAAGUACAUCUUCGGCAAGACUGUAGAAAGCUUCGAGCAAGACGAAAAACAGGUCAUUGCUCAUUUCUCUGAUGGAUCAUCUGACACCUUCGACCUCCUAGUCGGGGCAGACGGCCAGGGGUCGCGUAUUCGAAAAGCCAUCUUACCGCCUGACACCCCGGAACCUUACCGACGACUUGGCAUACACAUCGCGUAUUGGUUUAUACCUCGCGCAGAAGGAGAUACUAAUAUCCGCAGGACGUACCUAGCUCCUGGUGGCCGUAUGAUAUUCCGCCGGACUCACAACUCCACAGAUACUCAAGUCUAUUUCUUUCUAAAGGACGACUCGCCAGAACUAUCGAGUCUUCCAAGAGCCUCUGUAGAAAAACAAAAGGAAUUUUGGACGCAAAGGUUUUGUGAUGCGGGAUGGCAAACGGACCGAUUUCUCGAAGGGAUGAAGACAACCGAGAACUUCUACUGCCAGGAAGUCGUCCAGGUUUGCACGAACACAUGGUCCAAAGGCCGAGUUGUUCUUCUAGGCGACGCGGCACACUGUGCGUCUCCUUUCAGCGGUAUGGGGACUACAGGUGCUCUCGUCGGCGCCUACAUCCUAGCUGGAGAAAUCGAUCGCAGCCCCGAUGAUCUCCCCCAAGCUUUUGCGAACUACGACCAGAAGCUCCGGCCCUUCGCCAGCGAGAUCCAGAAUAUCAAGCCGGCCCUCGUCCGGUUAGGCAUGCCUGAUUCAUGGUGGGGCGUUAUGAUGAUUCAUUUUAUUGUGGGACUACUCUGCUUUUUUCGUAUUCCUGAACUCAUCACGAGGUUCUCAGGAGAGGAGAAGGGUGGGUGGGAGUUACCAGACUAUCCAGAGCUUAGCCAUUCUCGGUAAGGCCCUGAAAUACGUCAAAUACGAAAAAUCCAAUGGCGAGUCGAGUAUAAGCCCGAAACUUUAACAAUCCCCACUCCAUAUGGAAUCACUAGGGAUACAUAGCUUCUCUGCUCAUUAUGUAUAUUUUUAUUUCUAUUCUCGGAACCUAUUAGCUUAAGUCUGAAUUUGGUCUGGGACUGGUCUUUAUCAGACUAAACCCUUACAUACAUAGGACUCCCUAGCUAAG